AUGGUUGCUCCGACUCGUUGGGCCUAUCGAUCCUGUCUGGUAAUCGAGGAUGGUACCGUCCCUAGCGCGAUCAUUGUUGGGGCGGGCGGGUUUAUACGUCUUUGGCAAGCUCCUAGGUGGGGUAGCGACGACCGAGUCUUCUUACCCUUCAUUGGGGCCCCAUUACGCAUAUACUUCUGGGAGCGAGUUACGAUGUCCAAGACUAUCCUAUUCUUCUCAUAUGGUUCUACCGACUUGGUAUUCGGCACUUGA